UUAGGCAGUAUAGUAUAUCUUUUUUGCCACAAUUAUACAGGUGAACCGUCGGCAAGGGACCACUCCAUUUUGUGAAACCAAUGGUAGCAAUGGACUCAAAUUCUUCUCAAACUAUAAAAGCAGAGUUUCCACUACAACUGGUGCAAAAAAAUUCAAAUCUCUGGAAAAUUAAAUAUGGAAGAUCAAGGAUUAAGCACUAACAUGAGGAGAUUCCUCUUGAUAAUAAACUGUCUGAUAACGGCCGUUGGCAUAUGUGGUGGUCCUCUAAUGUUGCGUCUAUAUUUUGUCGAAGGAGGCUCUAGAAUUUGGUUUAACAGUUCAUUACAAACCAGUGGAUGGCCACUCACCCUUAUACCACUUGCCUUCCUAUACUUGUAUCGUCGAAAAACCGAGGGCUCUGAUGCCAAGUUUUACUUUAUAACACCCCGAAUUUUCAUUGCAUCAUUUAUCAUUGGCGUUCUCACUGGACUUGACGCUUUUCUCUACACCUGGGGCGCGUCGAAACUCCCCGUUUCAACUUCUACACUUCUUCUCUCUUCUCAACUCUCUCUCUCUCUCUCUCUCUUCUCCUUCACGGCUAUAGGUGCAUUUUUCAUAGCAAAGGUGAAGUUUACACCAUAUUCGAUUAAUGCGGUGGUUCUGUUGAUAGUUGGUGCGGUUUUAUUGGGUAUUCGGGCUAGCGGUGAUCGGCCCGAGGGUGUGACUAGUAAAGCCUAUGUUCUUGGUUUUAUUAUGACCCUUUUGACUGCAGUUUUGUAUGGACUCAUUUUGCCUUUUAUUGAGUUGAUUUAUUUGAAGGCAAAGCAGGCAAUUACUGCUACUUUGGUGUUGGAGAUUCAGAUGGUCAUGUGUUUUGCUGCUACUGCUUUUUGCACUGUAGGAAUGAUUGCCAAUAAGGACUUUCAGGCAAUUUCAAGGGAAGCAAAACAAUUUAACUUGGGAGAAGCUAGAUAUUAUAUAGUGGUAGUAUGGAGUGCCAUAAUUUGGCAAUGUUUCUUUGUAGGUGUUGUUGGAGUUAUUUACCUCUCUUCUUCUUUAAUGUCUGGGGUUAUAAUAUCAGUUUUACUGCCAGUUACUGAGGUAUUAGGCGUAAUUUUCUUUAAUGAAAAAUUUUCAAGUGAAAAGGGACUUUCUCUUUUUAUCUCUCUUUGGGGUUUCGUCUCAUACUUCUAUGGAGAGUUCAAACAAACAAAGAAGGAGAAGGUUAAAAGUCCAGAAAAUGAGAAGGUUAAAAGUCCAGAAAAUGAGAUGAUAACAACGCAAAACGAAUCUGUUUGACUUAGUUACUAGCUUGUUAGAGGAUUAUAUUACGUAUUGUUUCAAAAUGUAUCGUAUUG